AUGGACAAAGUAGAGAACUAUUCUUCAAAGGCCGAAGAAAUUCUUCACCCUUUAAAACCAUAUGUUUCCGCAAUUGCUCGCUUUUUGAUCGUCGUAACGUUUCUUGAAGAUUCAUUUCGAAUUGUCUUUCAGUGGGAAGACCAGAUAUGGUAUCUGUCAAAGUAUCGAGGAAUGCCGUGGGAAAUCACUCACUUGUUUUUGGCUUUAAAUGUCAUCAUAAUGGUUGCACAGUCUAUUAGAUAUGGCCUAAUAUUUGAUCUCAACUUCUUCCUUCGCAAUCUCUCCGUAAUUGGCGGGCUUUUCAUGGUUCUUUCCGAAGCGUUUGCCAAGAAAAAGUCUCCAUUUCCUGGACUACCGCAACUGUCAGAAAAUGAUCGUAAGAAAUAUCUACAGCUUGCUG